AUACUUGGAUCACAUGACCAUUCCCACUCCAGGAUACAGAGGACCCGCGCCAGCUCUGUCCGGACUGAGAGGCAUCGAUCGCAGCUAAACAUCCGCAUCUUCCCAGCUUUAGAACUCUGUUGUACCCGCUCGCUCACUUCCUCGUGCUGCAGUGACAUUCGAGUAGCCGCUUGGCUCCGCGCGACAGUGUUUUGAUGUUGUCAGCGAAGUUAAUCUCUUCCAGCGAGUUGCGAGCCUGCUCGGGUCUUCCACAGGUCGGAUGGAGACUUUAACCGUCUGUCGUAGGUGUUGUGGCAGUUAGACCAGCCGGGAUGUCCAGAGAUGUUGCACGCCCGACCGUAAACAGUCACAGACAGACGUGCGCACUGUGUUGUGGUCGGACAAGAGAAGUUCAGGGGGGAACUCCGUGAAAAAAGUCCCGUUAAGGGAGACACAAGUUAUCAGGCGGCUCGCCACCGUUUACAACCGGCAGGAUGUCGGAACGGACUCCGCUGCUGAACUACCGACUCUCCGCCAGCGUGACGGAGUCGGGCGAGCACCAGGCGGGUCCGGUCGGGGAGGCAGUCGAACCGAGUCCCGCGGUGUCGCGGCGCAAGGCGGCCCAUGGACAACCGCAGAAACUCUCCACGUUCUUCGGGGUCGUCAUCCCCACCCUCCUGUCAAUGUUCAGCGUCGUGCUGUUCCUGCGAAUCGGGCUGGUGGUGGGUCAGUGUGGACUGUACCAGACGGUGGCCAUGUUCCUGGUGGCGUACUUCAUCAUCAGCAUGACGGUGCUGAGUGUGUGUGCCAUCUCAACCAACGGAGCCCUGGACGCUGGAGGAGCCUACUACAUGAUUAGCCGGGCGCUGGGGCCGGAGUUCGGGGGCAGCAUGGGCAUCAUGUUCUUCCUGGCCAACGUGUGCGGUAGCGCCCUCUACGUGCUGGGGCUGGUAGAGGCCGUGCUCGCCACCUUUGGAGCGCCUGAAGACGGCUCGCGUGGCGGUGUGUAUGAGGUGCUGCCGGUGGGCUACUGGUGGUCGGUGCUGUAUGGCAGUGCGCUGCUGCUGCUGUGCCUGCUGGUGUGCCUGGUGGGCGCCCACAUCUACGCCAAGGCCACCUUCCUCAUCUUCCUGGUGGUCAUGGUCGUCCUGGCAACGGUGCUGGUCAGUUUCUUCGCCGUGCCCCCCCACAGCAUCGCGCUGCCCCCCCCCUCGCCACCCCCGGCCCCCAACACCACCGCACCCCCCACCACCGCCAACUUCACCGGCUUCAAACUCGACACACUACUGGGCAACCUUGAGGCGGACUACACAGUGGACUACACUACUGGGAUGAUGAUGUCAUUCGCCACAGUCUUUGCAGUCAUGUUCAACGGCUGCACAGGCAUCAUGGCGGGAUCCAACAUGUCUGGUGACCUGAAGAACCCCAGCUUCUCCAUCCCACGUGGGACGAUCACAGCGGUCAUCUUCACCUUCAUCAUCUACAACCUUCUCAGCCUCAUGGUGGCCUGCUCCUGUGACCGGGUGCUGUUGCAGAAGGACUACAGUUUCCUGCGGGACAUAAACGUGUGGCACCCGUUCGUCAUCAUCGGCGUGUACUCGUCCACCCUCUCCGCCGCCAUGAGCAACCUGAUCGGAGCCUCACGCAUCCUCUACGCCCUCGCACGCGACGACCUGUUUGGGAGAGUGUUGUCUCCGGCCAAGAGGACGUCCAAGAGCGGAAAUCCCUGGAUGUCUGUGCUGCUCUCCUGGUUCCUUGUACAGCUGGUGCUGUUCUCGGGGAAGCUGAACACCAUCGCCAGCAUCGUCACCAUCUUCUUCCUGCUGGUGUACGCCGCCGUGGACCUGGCCUGCCUCAUGCUGGAGUGGGCCUCCGCACCUAACUUCAGGCCCACGUUCCGCUACUUCACGUGGCACACGUGUGUGUUGGGCAUCGUGGGCUGUGCGGUGAUGAUGUUCCUGAUCAACGCCAUCUACGCGUCGGCUUCCAUCGCCUUCAUGCUGCUGCUGCUGCUGCUCAUCCACUACCUCAGUCCCACCUGCAGCUGGGGUUAUAUCAGCCAAGCCCUCAUCUUCCACCAGGUGCGUAAGUACCUGCUGAUGCUGGACGUGCGUAAGGACCAUGUGAAGUUCUGGCGGCCGCAGGUGCUGCUGAUGGUGGCCAAUCCCAGAGGCUCGCUGGGCCUCAUCUCCUUCAUCAACGACAUCAAGAAGAGCGGCCUCUACGUACUCGGGCACGUGCAGAUCGGAGACCUCGAUGUGUUGCCGGCGGACCCCCUGCAGAGCCAGUAUGACUCCUGGUUGUCUCUGGUGGAUCAUCUGAACAUCAAAGCGUUCGUCAACCUCACCCUGGCCAGCUCCAUCAGGCACGGAGUUCAGCAUCUACUCUUCAUCUCCGGACUGGGUGGGAUGCGGCCCAACACCCUGGUCCUGGGUUUCUAUGACGACUGCCCUCCCGAGGACCUCCUACAGGACCCCGUGCUGUCCUCCCCGUCAGGCACGUCCAUGGACGACUCCGAGGCCCCCGAGGACCCGCUCCUCCGCUUCCACUUCCCCGCCCUGCGGCGCCCACCAGGGGGCACUAGCGAGGCCACCGGGGGGAGCAAGAGCCUGAGCGAGCAGGAGUACGUCAGCAUCAUCGCGGACGCGGUCAAGAUGCGCAAGAACGUGGCGCUGGCGCGGGGGUUCGGGGGGUGUGUGAGCGCGCGGGGGGGCGGCGGCGGGGGCGGGGGCGGGGGGGGGAGUGUGUGUGUGGACGUGUGGCCGCUCAGCCUGCUGCGGCCGGACGCCUCCAGCUACGUGGACACCAGCUCGCUCUUCCUGCUGCAGAUGGCCUGCGUCCUCAGCAUGAGUCGCCCCUGGCAACGGGCCAGGCUCCGCCUCUUCCUGUGCGUGGAGAAAGGGCGGAGCCUCAAGGCGGCGGAACACAAGCUGGGGCUGUUGCUACGGGAACUGCGCAUGAAGGCAGAGGUGCACACGGUGGCAUGGGACACACAGGUGGCGCUGCAUUGGCAGAGGCAGGGAGAGAAGGCUGAUGAAGGAGAGAAGGAGAAGGAGGAGGAGGAGGAGGAGGACCCUGACGACUACGCCAACAGUUUCCCUAGCAACGCCUCACGGCUCUCCGAUGACUACCUGCUGGCUGUUAAUAGGCUGAUCCUGGACCAACCAGGGCCGCCCCCUGCCGUGCGCUUCCUGUAUUUGCCCCGCCCCCCUGCUGACACGCGUCGUUACCGUAGUUACCUGCAGCAGCUGGAGUUGUUGACCCGUGACCUGGGGCCGACCUUGCUGAUACAUGGGAUCACACCGGUCAUCACGACCCAACUCUAAACACACACACGCACACAUACCGGUCAUCACCACCCAACUCUACAACACACACACACACACACACAGACACACUCCGGUUAUCACCAGCCAACUCUAAAACACGCGCACACACACACACACACACACACACACACACACACACACACACACACACAUAGACACACUCCGGUCAUCACAAGCCAACUCUAAAACACACACACACACACACACACACAUACUCACAAAGAGUGAGAGGAAAAAAAGACACACACUCAGGUGCAAAUCGGCACAAGUUUGAUCCCUGCAAUUCUUUUUUUCAUAUUGAAGCCUUAAUGACAACUCACCAAAGUGCAGUGUGUGUGUUUGUGAAUAUACAGUGUGUGUGUGUGUGUGUGUGUGUGUGUGUGUAUGUGUGUGUGUGUGUGUGUGUGUGUGUGUGUGUGUGUGUAUGUUUACAAUGCUGCAUUUUGAUGCUUUGUAAUGCGUUUUAAACAAUCAUGUUAAUGCACUGUAUGUAUGUGUGACUGAAUCAGCAAUAAACCAGCUUUUAUCUA